AUGAAGGCCGGUGUCAUUGUAAAUCUAGGGCUCGCAUGCGGCGCCAUCGCCGACCAUGCUGGUCGACGUGCCACGCCCGACCUCAUCCAGGUGCUGUCGACCGUCGCGAACGAACCCUCGGAGAUCGGAGAAGACACAGCGGCCUCGGUCUCAGACUUAGUUUCGCAGCUCCAGCAUGGCACACAGUCCACAACGCCGGGGUCCGUCCAGGCGGCCUUGUCGAGCAUCGAACAGGCCGUGUCGGGAGCGUCCAGCAUCGUGGACGCAGCCACCGCCAUCACGGCGGCCGGACUCAUUCCGAACGAGAUUGCGUCGUUCCUCAAUGGAUACCUGGACAGUGAGCUGAAUUCACGGGACAAUUCAAACCCUGCCGCCAAGCAGAACAUCUACCCUUACAAGGCCGCCGCCGAUGCCCCGUAUUCGGUUCCCGAGAGCACUCUUCGCGCGGCCAUCCACAUCCCCGACUCGUUCUCCUUCGGUCGCAAUGGCAACACUCCGGUCAUCCUCAUCCCCGGGACGGCGAUUCCGGCGGGAACAACCUACUACUAUAGUUUCAGCAAGUUGGCCAAUAGCUCCGCGGGCAUCGAUGUGGUGUGGGUGAACAUGCCGCGCGCAUCGCUGUCAGACGCACAGGUGAACGCGGAGUACGUGGCGUAUGCGAUCAAUUACAUUUCGGCGCUCAGCGCUGGGCAGUCGGUGGGGGUGAUCUCCUGGUCGCAGGGCGGCCUAGACACGCAAUGGGCACUGAAAUACUGGCCCUCGACACGGCUCAUAGUGGCCGACUUCAUAGCCAUCAGCCCCGACUUCCACGGAACCAUAGAAGCGAAUGUCCUCUGCCCAGCACUGGACCAUCUAGCCUGCACGCCAUCAAUCUUCCAGCAGGAAUGGACCGCGCAGUUCAUCCAGGUCCUGCGCGCAGACGACGGCGAUUCGGCUUACGUCCCCACCACGACGGUCUACUCCAGCUUCGACGAGAUUGUGGAGCCCCAGUCCGGCGGCAGCAAUGCAUCGGCUUUCCUCCGCGACGCGCGUGGCGUCGGAGUCACCAAUGCCCACCUCCAGACAGUCUGCGCGGACAAACCCGCGGGCGGGUUCUAUACCCACGAGGGCGUCUUGUACAACCCACUUGCAUGGGCGCUAGCGGCUGACGCAAUCGCGCACCGAGGUCCGGCUAGUUUGGAUCGCAUUGAUCUCGCUCGCGUGUGUCAGCAAGUAGUGCCACCAACUCUGGGCCUGGAUGAUGUGUUGGGGACCGAGGGGCUGCUGUUGGUGGCCGUGGCAGAGAUCCUGGCGUAUCAACCGCUGGCUACGAGCGAACCGGCAAUCCGGGCGUACGCGAAGCGGAACCAAACGGUAGUUGGGUAG